AUGGGUACGGAAUUUGUUUAUCAAGAAGAGUUAAUGUCUGGGACUGAGGAAGAGUUCAAGAAAAUGGAGGAUGCAAAGAAGUUGAAGAGGGAGGCGGCACAUCGCAGGAAAGCAGAGGCGAGGCGCGAGAAGGAGCGCAUGGAAGAGCUUGAGAAGCAGCAGAGAGAGGAGAUCUUAGCCCUGGUUGAACAGCAGCGCCUGAAGCGCAUCGAGCAGCAACGCCAGGAGGAAGACCACGGCCGCCACCAGGAAGGUGCCGCGCAAGAGAAGCGCCGCUCAGACGCUCAUCAAGCCGUUGAAGCCCACCGGAAUUCAGAAGCCCAGCGGCGGUCCGAGAAGGAGAAGAAGGCUGCGGACGAGAAGAAGGCGCGGGGAGAGGCGGCGCAGAAAGCGCACGAGGCGAAGAUGGCAGCGGAGGCGGCAAAGGCCAAGAGUCAGGCGGCGCAGGAAGCCCAGGCGCAGGCGCAGGCGGCCGCACAGGCGCAGCUCCAGAAGCAGCAGCAUCAGAUCCGCGCCGCCAUGGAGAAGAAGCGCCAGUUGGCUCGGGGCCCCCGUAGCGGUGUCGUGAGCGUCCCGCUGACGUCAGGGGUCUCGUCGGUGACGACAUCGGAGGGGGUGGUGCUGCCCAUCGAAUCAGAGAACACGGAAGUGGUGCUGCAAUGGCCCGUCGAAGUUCACAAGGUGGCUGAGUGCGAGUAUCAGGCGGGGGGUACGAUGUGCACCAUGAGAGUGACCCUCCUGGCCGCCGGAUUUGUCAUUGGGGCCCGAGGCGCGUCGGCCCGCCAGAUUGGUCAGCAGACGGGGGCGGUGCUUCAGUCGUGGACGGACGAAGACAAGGGUGACGUGGGGCCGUGCCGGGUGUUCCGUAUCCAGGGAAAGCGGUCGCAGGUGCAAGCCACUGUCGCGAUGAUCGAGCAGGCCGUCGACAAAUACCGCGAGCUGUGCGAGAGCAAGCGGCGGGGGGAGUUCGUCACGCGCGAGCACGUCAUCGGGGGGGUCCAAUUCCACUACCAGCCACCCCCCGCCCAGCAGGGGGUGCCGAAGAGCACUCUCCCGCUCCCCCCCUCGCACGUGAACGGCGCGCUGUUCUCGCAGAUCCUGCAGCAGCGCCGGGGCGGUGAUGGGCAGGCGGCGCGCAACAUCUCCUCCCCCCCCCAGGCCGCCUGGCAAAGUCCCCCCCCCUCGGUGACGGCCGCAGGGGCGGCGGUGGAUCGGUUUCUUCUGGAGGGGGGUUCGCUCGCAGCACUGGAACAAGCAAUGCAACAACAGUCGCUCGCGGAACGGCUUUACCCGGGGGGUGGUGCGCAGUACGGGCAGAUUCCUUCCGGCGGCGGAAUGGAGGCGGAACGGAUGACGAUGGCGGAGCGACUCAAGCAGGCCGAGCGCCUAAGGCAAGUGGAGCGGUUCGCGGAGCGACUGCAGGCGAUGGAACGGUUGCAAGCGGUCGAGCGACUUCAAGCGGCGGAACGGAUGCAGGCAGCGGAACGGAUGCACCACCAGCAACUAGACGCGGACCGAAUCCAUCUCGACCCGCGGGGGGCGGGUCCUUACGGAUACGGGGAAGUUUUGUACGCGGAUCGUGGGCCCCGUCCCAGGGGGGAUGACCCGUGGGCGAACGCACCCCCCCAAAACGCGGCGUGGGGUUCGGGGGGGUUGUAUUCCAUGUUCCCAGAGACCAAACCUGGCCCCCCAAGCAGCCAGCGCAGCUUCAACACCAGCCCGUUCGGUUCCCCACCCUUCGGAUCCUCCCCCAGCAGUUUUGGCGGCUCCCCCCCCCUCCAGCCGCUGGGGACUUCGGCCCCCCGCCCCAUGCAGGCGGCGAGCGGGGGGUAUUCCAGCCGGUUCAGCUUCGCCAACGGACAGGGGUCGAGCCCCAACGGCAGUUUUGACAGCUUUGGCACGCAACCCCCCGAGACGGACGCGGACGACGCGCAGCUGUGCAUUGUGUGCAUCGAGAGACCCGUCAACGCAUGCUUACUGACUUGCGGCCACAGUUCGUUUUGCCAGCCGUGCGUGGAGAACCUGCUCAACUGCCCCCUGUGCCACGAAGAGAUCGUGACCGUCCAACCGAUUCCCCCUCGCGCUUCCCCCAAGUCGAGCGCCAUGCACGGGUUGCACUCUGCCGCCGGGCCGGGUCCGGGGGUGGAUUCCCUGUUCAACUGGUCGCUCAAUUGACCCCCCGGAACGAGAUGGAAGCGCGCCCCUUACUGAGCGGAGAGAGAUCACCCCAGCGAAUCCUCGGUUGAUGCGAACUAGGCAUGAGAGGAGAUGCGAGGGCCCGUCCAAAAGUUUUCGGAGCCCGAAGGGCGGCCGGAAACGCGUCCGAAGGGCGUCGCGUCGAAAGGCGUCCAAAAGGUGCCCGGAGGGCGGGUUUUGUAGCGUAGCGAAUGUGAGUGGUUAAGUGCCAUUUCGGAGACUGGGCUCUGUGGUCCGGCUUAGACACGUUGGGAGAAUGUUAGCAUAGGCUGCGGGCUGCGGCUGGCUUUGCCUUACCUAGGUUUGGGAGAGACUCCCCAGUAGGCUCUUUGCGGGAUCGAUUAAGGUGACGACACGUGUAUAGGGCUCGCCGCCACUGUACAGAUUGCGGUUCUUGGUCGAGCGGUGGUGAACACAUCAAGAGGGGGAACAGCAUCGUUGGCGCCACGUUUCAUAGUCGAACAAGUGUAUGCAGUUGCGCGGUGGAGUCGAGCUUCAUUCUUUCUCGGGCCCGUUUAGGCUUGGGGGUAUAAUAGUAAGAGUCGUGGGCAGGACAUACUCGGCGACUCAGAUGUGGUUGGAAUAAGUACACACGCUCUGGCAUAUGAAGCGCAGACGCGAAUAUUGCUUUCAUAUAUAGACAGACACUUACAGAUUGGCAAAAGGAAUACGAAUGUCGCUGGGCACCUAACGUUGGACAUAUGCAGUCACCCUGACUUCCGCCCUCGAUGUUCUCCUGUAUUGAGUUGAGUUGCUUCGUUUGAAAACUUGCCACCUUUUCUUUU